AUGACUAAGGCCGCAGUUCUACACCCGGUUAUUCCUCCUGCCAUUGACCCCGAGGAUCUUGACAUCCUCAAACUCGAUACUUCAGUUACGCUGGCGUGUGCCAGGCUCACCACUCAGCACAAAAAGAAGCGCAGUGAUGGCAUCUUCUCUCAAGCAAACUUGACCUUUGCUUAUCCAACAAUACCGCUUGAUUACUCCAAUUACGUCUCGGAUAUUUCUUGCAAAGUCGGCCGUCUGACUGCCAUACUGAGUGACGGUGCUUACGACCUUGCAAAGUCGGCCUGGAAAGGGAAAGGUCCUCUCAUCCUUGUAACGGCAGUGGAUGGUUUAAGUGACGAUGAUACCAAGGAAUUCUUCAUUACCAAGUCAAUCACAUUCUCAGACAAAGACCACACUUUUACUGCUAAGGGCCUUUCAGUCGGAUACAGAGAUGUGAUUACUUAUUUUGACCUGGCUUGGGGUAAUGUUGGAAUUUUGAAGUUGAAGCGAUCUAUGGACAAGGGAGACAUAUUCCAGCCACACGCCCUUCAUCCACGAGUCACCUUGCCUAAAGCCUCAUGGGACAUCAAGCUCAGCGAUCCACGAGUCUUAGGCAUCGACUCAUCUGCACCAUGA